AAGGAAACCGGCAAACAGCUUGUUUUCCUCCAAUGCAGAAGUGCUCAUUUCGUGUGUGUGUGUUCCACAACAAUUUAUUUUACACAAUGUCGGCCUUCUGUCCGUUUUGUUAAAGAGCUUGAUGAUCAUUAUCCGUUUUUCCUAAAUUUCUGUCCCGAAACUGAUGGCUGAGAGAGAAUCAAUCGACGAACAAGAAGAAAUAGAAACCACUUCUCCUUCCCCAGAUUCCGGGAUCAGCGUGUGCGAUGAGGAAGAGAAGUCGAAAACAGAAGAAAAGGUUCCGCUUCAAGUACAGAAGCAACCUUCUGAGGAAAAAGUCCAGCAGCGGACCUAUACCCCUCCCCCGUACCAAAACACACUGAAUCCUUUUUUCUACAGAUAUCACGACCCUGACAACAGGAAGCUGACAUUGCUCAAGUCUUUAAGCCAAGACAGCGAAUACUCCUUAGAUGGCUCACUUUUUGAUGCUGAAGAAUUUCUUCAAGACCUCGGAUUUGCUGGAACAAUCGAUCCUACGAUACCAGAGAGGUUUCUACCAUCUCUUAUGCAAAGACUGUCGAAGUUCCCAGAAUCUGAAAUUGGAACUUUGCAUGAAAGAAUAGUGCAGUCCAUUGGUAGUUUCAGGAGAAAAGAAGGUAAAAGAAGAUUAUUCAGAAAUUUAAGCAUGGGCAAAGACUCGUUUACCGACACCAAUGUCACGAAUAAUCUGCUGCCUUGUGUAAAUAAUUAUCCUUUGACUCGCUCUAAUACUGGACCUGCAGCCUUUGAGUGCGAGGAAGAAUCAACAAAACGAAAGGCGGGAAGUCGGCUUCUGAUCGACAUUGGUCGCAGCAAUGAGGUUCCAUUUGAGUCGUCCACUAGUCAGGAUGAUGAAUCAAAACUACCACUCAGUCCUGUUGCCAUUCUUGUAUCUCACGCGAGCAUUGACUGUACUGAUAACGGAAACGCUCUUGAAGAUCAUCAACUUUUGGUAGAUCAAAAGCUGAAUGAUGAAGAUAUGGCAAACGAUAUUUCCGAUUCUGAAGUUACUCUCAGCCUCUGCGAAGGAACGAUACAAAGCUCUCUGGAACAUGUUACCUCAGAGUUCAGUGAUUUACGUAAAGAAAUGAAAGAUACUGGAAGUAAUUCUUCUUGUGAUCAGAAACGAAAUACGAGCUUUGACACAGAAGACGAAAAUUGUUCAAACGAACUUCAAAGGAAGCAAACAUUUAAGUUAAAUAUCAGAGAAGAAAAUGCUUUAAAUAAUUUUCUUGGCAAAAACACUAUAACAUCUAAUGAUUCUGAACUUGAUAAAAGCUGUUUAAACCAUCGAAGAAAUACUUUAGACCAUGUAGAUAUUUCUUCGCUUAAGAGUGAGAAUGGAAUUUCUUCAAAAGCUUCCAAAUUAUUUCGCGAUAAUAGAUCUUUCCGUUCUAAACCCCCUCUGAGGAGGACCUCUACCCCUCAAACUUCAGAAAGUAUCCACAAACUUACAAAUAUUUUGAGGAAUUCAGUUGCUGUUGAUUCUUUGAUACUUCCAACAGAGGAAAAGAGUAGCAUCUUUUACAUAGGAGAUAAGGAGCCAUUGAGAGAGAGUAUACAGAUGUUGGAUAAAAGCGAUUAUCCAAGUUUAGAAAUGGCAAAAGAAGUUUCUCUUCAAAACAAACAGUUUAAUUGUCAAAAUACACCCAAGUUUCUACGCAAAAGCAUGAAGUCUCACAGUGAAAUAGCUUUACACAAUAAAGUGCAGUCCUCCAACACAGCGUAUUCUAGGUCAAAUUCUCUUAGCAAUUUUUUAACGUCUAUGCUGAAUUUGGAAGAGGAAUCUCUGUCGAGCAGUGCGAUCGAUGAAAAUUCUGAACUAGGGGUUUCUAAUAUUAAACUUUCUAAUAACAACUUAAUGUCUUUAACUGAAGCUGUUAAAACUUCCCUCGUUGAAACAACUGAUUCGAAAGUUACCCCAGCGCGAGAUUUAUCGUUACAAACUCCUUUUAAAAAAGCGACUGAUGCGCUUCUACAUGAUUCAGCAACUGAAUCUUCCCUCAUUGAAACAAUGAAUUCAGCAGUUACUCCAGUUCGAUACUUAUCCUUACAAACUCCUCUUCAAACUGCAACGGAUCCGCUUUUACGCGAUUCAGCAAUUGAAACUUCCCUUACUGAAGUGGAUUCAGCAGUUACCCCAGACCGAGACUUAUCCUUGCAAACUCCUCUGCGAAAUGUAAUGGAUCCACUUUUACGCGAUUCAGCAAUUGAAAGCUCCGAGGAAUGUGUUAAUGUUAUGGGAAAUGGAAGCAGAGGUUCUUCCAAGCGCAGCUUGCUAGGAAAAUCGUCAACAUCAAGGAAAUCUCCGCAAUCCGUUGAAACUACCAAAGAAUUCAAUGCUAAAUCUAAUUUAGCGUCACACACGGAUCUCACGACCCCUUCAAGUUCCCAAAUUUCUUCGUGCCCAAAUCCAGAUAAAACUCGAGUGAGGAAGGUGCUAUCUGCUCCAGAUCCAGCGCUUGAACAAAAUUGCACUUCAGAGCCUCUAAUUAAGUAUUCUGAUUGCUCAAGUUUAAAUUUUACAGAAAGAGCUUGCAAAGAGGGACUACAUGAAAAAAACAAGCGUUGUGAUAACAUUAUGAGCAAUGUCUCAAAUAUUUGUACUUGUCGAAAUAUUAAGCGAAUGAAACGAAAAAGACACAACUCUUACCCUUCUUCCCAACAUAAGUUUGAUUUUAAACCUGGCUUCACAUAUCCAGUACCAAAUACUAGUAGGUGUCUAUUUCAUUUUAACUGCUGCCUGUCUCAUCCUUGUCCAUCGAGUUAUGUUAAUACUUAUAGUGUACCAAAACAUUUAUUUCAUAACUGUAAUCCAGGCUCAAAAUCCUUAUCAAAUAACAUUUGUCUUCCUUCUCCAAACAAUUUCUCAUCCAAAUGUGAUAGUGACAAGGCUUCCAACCAAAGAAGUUCGCCACCUCUUGUAGUCUCACCUCACACGACGAACGACUUCUUUCCAUCCAGAACAAAAUUGACAAAUUACGAAAACUCUUCUCAUUCCGCUGAAAUCACUCCCUGUUUUCCGUUUCAAAGGAGUAAACUAUGUACUCAUUCUGAAAAUAAUUUUACUUCGAAUACUGAUAAAAUCAGAGUUAGAAACUUGAACAAUAGAAAACCAUUUAGAGGUCGAUUGAAUAGAUUGAAAUGUGUUUCGGGCCCUCAUCCUACUUUCCUGGAAGGCUCGUUUUCUCAAGAUGAUGAAGUUUUUAUACCAGAUACAGUUACGUGCUGCUACAAGUGUUUAUCUUGCUCAUGUACAUUAGAGAACCAAUGUUUUAAUAGUGAGAAAAACCAAAUGUCUUCCAAAGGCGAAGAAACUGCUGGUACACCCGCUAAGUAUUUCGUGUAUCCUAACGAUGACGUUAUUACUUUAAAAGGUGCAAACUCUUCUGAAAAAAUUGAUGGACAGAGUACAUUUCAUAGUACAAUGAAAUCUGAAAACAAUAUUUAUUCUGAUGUCCUUGUCGAUGAUUAUUCGAAAACCAAAGUUCUCGCCCCCUCAAUGUCAUUGCCUCUAACUGUAAACAGUCAAAAAUCCAAGGGAAAUUCAUGUUUUAAAUUAGGUGAUGAAAUGGGUAAUUCUGUAUUGCAAGACAAAACUAUAACACCAGCUCAGAAUAAGCGGGAAGCAAUGCUCGAAAAGAAAAUUUAUUUGUUCUCCAAAUUUUUAACAAACCUUUCAAAGUUGUCAGCCGCAGAAACAAACUUCUCCAUGAAUAAAGUUUCAAACUCUAGCCAAAGAAAACGCGAUGACGCACUUUCUUUUGGGUCUUCGUAUCCGUUUGAUAAUGUGGAACAAAACAAUCAGCCACGCAAAUGUUUCACACCCCCUCCUGAUAUCGAUAAGUUAUUAUAUCUUCUAAAAACAGUCGAGUUGAAGAAAAAGUCUUUGAUUUGUUCUGACGAGAUGAAAACUUCCGGAAAUGAAACGAGCUCUCACAAUUUGGAAAACUGUCGGGAAUCACCUGUUUACAGAAGUGGAGUGACUUUGUAUGUCAAUGAAAGUAUGGAGCGUCUUUCGAAACCUGUUUAUUCAUCUGCUGUGUCCCUAGAAGUCAACUCAGAAAUGACUAAAAAGUCGGAUCAAAGGGAAGCUGGAGAAUCGUGUGAUAUUAAAUCUAGUCAAAGCAUGAACAAGUCAUCUAAAAGUUCAAAGCAUUUUAAAGGAGUUUCCAAAGACCUCGAAGAGCUUCAAACUUCCAUUCAAAAAGCCAAAGAAACUAGAAUCUCAGCUUCCCGUGAGUUGCAAUUUUUACAAGAACUACUAUCAGGAGAGACUGCAGAAAAAUACCGCUGUUUGUUAUCGAAACAAAUAAGGCUUUGUCAGAUCUCAGACAAAAAUCGAAACGGCAAGUUUUAGAAGACACGGAGUUUUGGCAGCAAGAACUCGAAAAAAUGAGAAAAGAAAAUGAAGAGAUGUGGCAAGGCAGGCUAAACAGAAUGGAAGAAAAGCUAAAAAAUCAAGAAGAAGAACUGAUGCGUAUACAAAGUGAAAAUGAAGACAUGCAAAGACGCUUGGAAGAUCGUUCUUCCCCAUGCCACUGUAAAUCAGAUUCGAAUCAGAAUGGUUUUCUUCGAAUCGAUUCUGCUUUCGAAGAUGAUGAAGAAUUCUUCAACCACAAGUCUUCCACUCCUACUGUGUCCAUGAAGCAGGAGACGGAACGGCUACAAGAGAAAUUAAACUUGUCCGAACAAAAAGCAGAUGAACUUAAUCUGUUACUCAAUCAAAAAUUAAUUGAAUUGAACAAGCUACAGAUUACAUAUUCUAAGCAAACAAAGGAAAUAAUUGAACUUGAGAAGGCGUAUAUACAGCUUCAAUGCCGUUUCAGAAAGAAUGCCACCAAGCCAGUUGUUUCUAGGCUGUGUGCAAAAACAUCAUCACCAUUCUCACCCAAGAAUCUUUUCCCAAAACCUUCUCCACCAGCUACUCCAAUACCUACCACUAUUUGUCGUUGAGAGAAAGAGAGUCAAAAAAUAAGCCAAGUGUCUUCCAUGUGUGAUACAAAGAUACCAGAUUUUAACUUAAUCAUGUUCUGCUGUAUAAAUCAUUUUUCAAUCAUAUUUUAUUUACUUCAUUGUAAAUGUUCAUAUUAAUCCUACUAUAUUCAACGUUUUAUUUUUGAUAAUUGCAAUCUUUUAAAGUGGUGCACUGAAAGGUGAAUUUUCUGGUAAUUCUACACCAAAGAUGUUCGUUCACCUAAGAUAGUUUUACUAUAUAAUGAAUAAAUAAUUAAACAGGUUGAAAUAUAAAAUUGGUCACAAUUCACGGUUUAGAUAAUUGAAGUUUAAAGAUGGUUUUCAGCAAGUUUUAUGUUAUGUAAGGACAGUAAUGGUUUUUGCGUAAAUUUAAAAGCUUCAGCUGGCAUUUAAAACUUAUUAUUUGCUUCUUUUUAUUAAUUAAUGCUUAAAGAUUAUUUAAAACCAAGUUUUGAUUUUUAAUUACUGAUUACAGAAUUGAAUGCCUUUAGAAAAAAAAAUGAGUAUUCUGCUCUGAAAUACCAGUAAUAGCUGCAGUCGUUGAUUUAGCUUAUGCCCAUUCAAAUUAAACAUAAAUUAACUUAAUGUAUGCAAAACUUCUCUGUAAAAUUAAAUAUGUAUGUAUUUUUAUACAUUUUAAAAUAGAGAUGUGUAAAUAAUAUUUUUGAAUAUGCUA